AUGUCUUGGUUCUCCUGGCUCUUCAUUGUGGGGUCCAGGUCUUCCCCAUCUCUGCUACUCGUGUGGCUUGUGGGAAGAGAACUGGGACUCCGGGAUGGACUCCUCUGUGUUCAGAUGUUGACAUGUUCUCAUUGGGGUAGACUGAGUAAUCAGGAUGUAUUCCAAGAUGGAGAUGUAAUCAUCGGUGGUCUGUUUUCUCUUCAUUAUCAACCUCCAGCUACAGAACAUGAUUUCACUCAGCUGCCAAACUACAAGCCAUGCACUGGUCUAGAAUAUUUUGAACUGCAGUACAUAUAUGCUAUGGUGUUUGCACUGGAGGAAAUCAAUCAUAAUGCAAUGCUGCUACCAGGAGUAAAGCUGGGCUAUCGUAUUUUUGACAGCUGUGGGCACCCACCAUGGGCUCUCCAGUCAGCACUGUCACUAGUUGGUGGAGACGACACCAAGUGCAAUUUUACAAACACUCCCAUCUCUGCUGGGAACAUAGAGGAAAUCACUGACAGAAGGGGUGGUCAAACUGUCCCUGUGAUUAUUGGUGGUGCUUCAUCCAUAAGCCAGAUAGUCUCCAGAAUGCUGAAGCCACUCUCUAUCAGCUAUCUAGCCACCUGUCCUUGUCUGAGUGACAGGCUCGAGUAUGCAAAUUUCUUCAGAACCAUCCCCAGUGAUAUUUACCAAGCACGUACUGUUGCUCAGCUUGCUAUACGCUUCAACUGGACUUGGGUUGGGGCAGUUGUAGCAAACAAUAAUUAUGGCCACACUGCAAUAAAGGUAUUUCAGGAGGAGAUUCAGGCAGCAGGGGUGUGCCUGGCAUUUGUAGAGACUCUCCAAAGGGAAAAUAUUAUUAGUGAUGCCAGACGAGCAGCCCUCACAAUACAAGCGUCAACUGCAAGGGUGAUUUUGAUAUUCACCUGGUAUACAGAUGUGAGGGAACUGUUCCUGCAACUUGGCAAACUGAAUGUGACUGAUAGACAGUUUCUAGCCAGUGAGGCUUGGAGCACCAGUGGGGAUCUGCUCCAAAAUCCAGUAACAAGCAAAGUGGCAAAAGGUGUUCUUGGUGUUGCAAUCAGAAGUUCAGCUAUACCUGGAUUUGAAAGCUACCUCAGAAGUUUACACCCAAUUUAUCGUCCAGAUGAUGAGUUCUUAAGAAAAUUCUGGGAAGCAGAGUUUGGAUGUACUCCUGGUGUUAUGUCUGUUCAGAGAGCUUCACUAUCACACUGCAAUGGGACAGAAUCUCUGAAAAAAGUGCAGAAUGUCUUUACUGACACCUCCCAGCUAAGGUUGACAUACAACGUCUACCUUGCUGUUUAUGCUGCAGCCCAUGCCCUUCACAGCCUUCUCUGCCCCAUUAAAGACAGCCCUUCUGAAAACAACAGCUUCACCUGCUCCUCUCCAAAACACAUCAAGCCCAGUGAGCUUUUGCAGCACUUGGAAAAAGUGAACUUCACCACACCACAAGGUGAAAUGUUUUACUUCCAAGGAGCUGAUAUUCCAGCAAAGUAUGAACUUGUUAACUGGCAGAGCACAGCUGAUGGGACACUAAAACUUGUUUUGAUCGGUCACGUGGAUGGGUUUGCUCUCCACCUUAAUGAAUCAGCUAUUCAGUGGAUCACGGGAUCCAAUCAGGUGCCCAUUUCAAUGUGCAGUGAGCUCUGCCCCCCAGGCACUAGAAAGGCCAUCAGGAAAGGAGAACCUCUCUGCUGUUUUGACUGUGUCCCAUGUGCUGCAGGAGAGAUAAGCAAUAAAACUGGCUCCAUUCACUGUGAGCGUUGUCCCUUAGAGUUCUGGUCUAAUACUAAACGAACUGCCUGCAUCCCUCGCCAACUGGACUUUCUCGCCUUUAAUGAGACAUUAGGAAUUACCCUCACAACAGCAGCUGUGACCGGUGCCACUGUGACAGCAGCUGUCUUUGUGGUGCUCCUUCACUACCGUCACACACCUGUUGUGCGGGCCAACAAUUCAGAGCUGAGCUUCUUGCUUCUUGCAUCACUCAAACUCUGCUUCCUGUGCUCACUGGUGUUCAUUGGUCGUCCAUCAGACUGGUCUUGUCGGUUCCAGCACGCAGCUUUUGGGAUCAGCUUUGUGCUUUGUGUUUCCUGUCUCAAAGUUAAGACCAUCGUAGUCCUGGCAGCUUUUCGCUCAGCUCGGCCUGGUGCUGAAGCCUUGAUUAGAUGGUUUGGUCCAAGCCAACAGAGAGGAAGUGUCUGCCUUCUUACAUGUAUACAGAUUGUCAUCUGUACCAUAUGGCUAUCCCUCAGUCCCCCUGUGCCUCGGCAAAAUCUGGGUUUUCAAGGGUCAAAGGUCACCUUGGAGUGUGCCAUGGUUUCUGUGGUUGGCUUCUGUCUAAUUUUGGGCUACAUUGGACUGCUGGCCUGCAUCAGUCUCAUAUUAGCCUUUUUUGCCAGGAAACUUCCUGAUAAUUUUAAUGAGGCUAAACUCAUCACUUUCAGCAUGUUGAUUUUCUGUGCUGUUUGGGUGGCGUUUGUGCCUGCUUACCUUAGCUCUCCUGGGAAAUACACUGUUGCUGUGGAAAUUUUUGCCAUCCUGGCUUCUAGCUAUGGUUUACUUUUGUGUAUUUUUGCUCCAAAGUGUUUCAUCAUUCUUUUGAGGCCUGAGAGGAAUACCAGGAAACACAUGAUGGCCAGUCAGCAAAAAUAAAUUAACAAAAUAUGACUAAUAUUCAUUAUAUUCC